AUGAUGCUUCGCCUCUUGGCCUGCCUCGCCGUCGUCGGCCUGGCGUCCAUCGUCUCUGCAGUGCCCGUCAACAGUAGCAGCCAAGCAGGAACUUUUUUAUCGUGUCUGUCGUCUCAACCUUCGCUCAACCUUGCCACCUGGCACAAGGACUGUCGAGAGUUCACGAACCUCACAGGUGAGCUUCCCGCCACUGCACUGCCAGCACAGCUCGAGCGAUCGACGCGCCCCCUACGCUGUACUGACGCACGAUCACGACCCUCUUCCACAGCUGCAUUUAAUCAGCGACUCUACUCAUCGGCAUCAGCAGUCGUCUCGCCCCAGGAUGCCAACGCGGUCGCUGCUGCGGUCACGUGUGCCCAAAAGUUCAACCGACCGGUCACCGCUCGGGGAGGCGGUCACUCGUACGCCGGCUAUGGCAUCGGCAGCGGACUCGAUGCGGGGCUCGUCGUUUACCUCAGCAAUCUCCAGAAUAUUGAACUGAAGGAGGACAAUGUCACGGUCGUUGUUGGCGGCGGCGCUCUUCUCGGCGAUAUUGCACUCCAGCUCAAUGAAUGGGGUCUCGCAAUGGCCCACGGCACGUGCCCCUAUGGUCGGCGUGGGGGGACAUGCCGGGUUCGGUGGCUUUGGUUUCAUUUCCAGAAAGUGGGGCUUGACACUCGAUGCCAUUUCCGCUUUUGAUAUCGUCCUUGCGAACGGCACCUACGUCCAAGGCCUCACUCGCGAACAGGAUCCAGAUCUCUUCUGGGCCCUAUCGGGCGCGGCGCCGAAUUACGGCAUAGUAACGGCAUACCACUUCGUCGCCCAUCAGAAACCAACCAACGUCGUCCAGUUCGACUAUGGGUUCAGCGGGCUAUCGCCAGCAGCGAUGACGCAGGCUUUCCUGGCCUUUCAGGCCUGGGGCAAGAAUUCUUCGCCGCCCGAGCUCGGUAUCCAAGCUGUCAUCGGGGCCAAUGGCUCGCUCGACCUCUCGGGUCUCUACUAUGGGUCUGGGGAGAACUUCACCAACCUGAUGGAUCCGUUUGUUGCGAGUCUCCCGAGCGGCGUCUCGCCCGCAAUAAACUAUACAAUGUCGUGGAUCGAUUCUCUGGUCGUCGCGGCCCAGGGACAAGCGCUGUCGUCCAAAGGCCAGCAGGACACCGUGAGUGCAUGUCCCCAAUUGAGGCACAUGCGCAGGAUUCGAGUACUCACCCGUAGGCCUCCUCAUCGACGCCCACUCAGAGGGAUUGUUUCUACGCCAAGUCGUUGAUGACGCCGGACUCGGACCAGCUCAUCACUGAGGAAGCAGCGAACGCCUUCUUCUCGUACCUGCAAAACACCGAGACGACUACGCAGUGGUUCGUCGAGAUCGAUCUCUAUGGCGGUGCCGGGUCUUACAUCAACUCAGUCCCAUUGAACCAGAGUUCAUUCGCGCACCGGUCGUCGUUGUUGACGUUCCAAAUGUACGCUUCAUCGCCGACGCUCAACAACCCCUUCCCGGACUAUGGGUUCUCUUAUGUCGACGGUAUGUACAAUGCUCUCGUCGAACCCAUGAAGGCUGCCUGGAGUACCACAUACGGAUCAUACGUGAACUACAGUGAGUUGUGUUCCGGAGGCCGUACCACCGUCAGCUUUCCGCUCAUCACCCCCCGAUACAUUCCCAGUCGAUCCCAUGUUGUCUCCCAGCGAGGUCAAGGCUCUGUAUUGGAGCUCGCAGUACGAUCGUCUCUCACAAUUGAGGGCAAAGUACGAUCCCGACCAAACGCUGUGGAACCCGCAGGCAAUCCAACCCACAGUCUCGUCGGUCGCGUCUCGCCCCGCUCAGUAG